AUGUCGACGGCUACUUCUCCCACUCUAAGUUCACUACCACCCCAUUUUUCCAGAAGGAGCUCAUUAGCAUCAUCAGUCAACUAUACAAACUCAUGGAAUGACCUGAUCUCGUGUCAAUCCCCACUACGAAAGCAGCUAUCACGUACAAAUUCCAUUCGAAGCACCCUAUCACCAUCAACUUCGAUUCUCCUCGAUCAAGCAAUUACUGACGCAAUAACACAAAUUCAGCAAACCAAGGCAAAGGAGACUACUGAACCUUCUGUUUCAAGUCAGCUGAGGAGCUCAGCAUUGCCUAAUCCCUCGUUUUAUAAACGACAAUUACCAAAUUCGUGUAUACCGUUCAACUCGGAGAGGGGAAAGCAGUUGUUUAGGAGGUCGCUUGAUUCUGGUUGCUUAGAGUCAUACUUUUCUCUAUCAAUGCACUUCUUAACACAAGCCGAACCAGCAUUCUGUGGCCUUGCCUCCCUCUGCAUGAUCCUCAAUGCUCUCGAGGUCGAUCCACUACGACAAUGGAAGGGUGUAUGGCGCUGGUACGAUGAAUCCCUUCUAGACUGCUGUCGGCCACUAGACGACAUCAAACAACACGGAAUCACACUUCCCGAAUUCACAUGUCUCGCUAAAUGUAAUGGACUGAACGUUACUACUCGCCGGCCUGACGAAACGACGAAACAGCAAUUUAUAGAUGAUGUGAAGAGGACGUGUGAGAAUGAUGCCGAGUAUAUGGUCGUGUCAUAUGAUAGAGGCAGUUUAGGACAAACUGGAACGGGUCACUUUUCACCAAUUGGAGGGUUUGAUGAGGCUGAAUUGAUGGUGCUGGUGCUGGAUGUGGCGAGAUUCAAGUAUCCGCCUUAUUGGGUUAAAGUUGAUACGUUGUGGGAGGCAUUACAUCCUGUAGAUACGUCGACUGGGAAAUCCCGAGGAUACACAAUCCUAGCACGAGGAACAAAACCAUACGUAUCCACAGCCCUCUCCCAGCUCGCCGUAAACGGAGACUCUUGGUCUCGUCUGUCUGACGUCCUCUUUCGUCAAAUCCCAUCCUCUCUCGUAAACCUUCCGAAAAACACCUCCUUACAAGGCCUCAUAUCAUUCAUCGUAUCCGAAAUACCAUCUGAAAACGAUUCGAUAGUUGAACAUCGUUUGAAAUUAUUCAUUUCCCCCCUGGUCACUGAAAUGCCAGUGGAUGAUGGUGCAGGUGCAGCAAGUCAAGAUGCUAUAGCUGGACUAUCGCUGGAAGAGUAUGUAUCAGGACUGGAUGUGCUACUGCAUCAUAUUGCCAGAACGGAAAUGUAUAAGCUUGUUUCCGAGUCUAUGGUUUUCAAGACUCGAGGUGUGCCUGUGUGUGGAAGUGUCAGUCGUGCCGGAUCCAUGCCGUCAAGCCCUUUGGUUAGAAAGCAGAGUCUACAUCAUAAUGAGGAAGAUGAUGUUUGUGAUUUCUUGGCAUUCUUGACCAUAUUCUUAUACGCCUUCUUAUCAUAUCAACCAAUGUGUGACGCCCUCACACCCGCACUCGCAAACCAAGUGAAAUCGAUAGUUAAUAUUGACCAAGAUCCACAGAUUGAUUUGGUUGUGAAGAAGGAGGUGGCAUUUUUACGGGAGCAGAUUGCUGCUUUAAAUGAACUAAUAGUGUCAUCAUAA